CUGUGCUUGAAACGAUUCGUGACUUGAUGCAAAGUGAAUUGGUUGUACCAGAUUGGUUGCAUAAUAUUUUUUUGGGUUAUGGUCUUCCUGGUAGUGCUCAUUAUACUAUGAUGCCAAACCUACCAAAAGAAAUUGACUUUAGAGAUACUUUUUUGGAUUAUGAUCACCUUGUCGAUAGUUUUCCUGGAAAAAAAAUAGUUCCAAUGAAGGAUUUUGAAGCACCAUUUUCUCCUCCUUAUGUUCUUCAAUUUCCUGAAUCUUCUAAUAGCAAUGAUUCAGCUGAUUCUUCCAAUUCCAAACAAGAUGAAGUGGAAGCCAUUAAGUCAGGAACAAACCCAGGGUUAACAUUAAUUGUUGGCCCACCGGGUACCGGCAAAACAGAUGUAGCUGUUCAAAUUAUCGCCAACCUUUACCACAAUUUUCCUGAUCAGCAUACAUUACUGGUUACUCAUAGCAAUCAAGCUUUGAAUCAAUUGUUUGAAAAGAUAAUGGCACUUGAUGUGGACGAGCGUCAUCUACUUCGCUUAGGUCAUGGUGAAGAAGAAUUAAAUACUGAACUAAGUUUUAGUAAAUAUGGUCGUGUUAACUCAUUUUUGGUGAGUUCACCAUUAUUAAUAUUAUUACAUGCGCAGAUAGAUCGUCUUUCUCAGUCAUUAGAAAUUGGUGGUGAGCAUGGAUAUACGUGUGAAACUGCCGGAUACUUUUAUUUGUAUCACGUUUUAUCAAGAUGGGAACCUUAUAUAGAUAAAUGUAGACAAGGAUUAGAGAAUGGCAAUGUCAGUGUAGAGACAAUAAGAAACGAAUUUCCUUUUAGUAAUUACUUUUAUAAUGCUCCACAACCACUUUUUCCGGAAGAUGCUAAUUAUGCUGAAACACUAGAGAUUGCUGAGGGAUGCUUUCGACAUAUCGAAAAGAUUUUUACAGAGCUUGAGGAAAUUCGUGGAUUCGAGUUAUUGCGAACAAGUUACGAUAGAGCUAAUUAUUUGUUAACUAAAGAAGCUAAAAUCAUUGCAAUGACUUCUCAAAUAUUAGAAGUGGAGACUUUUAUCCCUUUACUUUUGCAAGAAACUGAAGAUGGCCGAAGUAGAUUAAAAAGAGUAGUUAUGAUUGGAGAUCAUAAUCAAUUACCUCCUGUUGUUAAAAAUAUGGCAUUCCAGCAAUACGGCAAUAUGGAGCAGAGUUUAUUUACUCGAUUUGUCAGACUCGGAGUUCCUACUAUUGAUUUAGAUUCGCAGGGUCGUUCGAGACCGUCAAUUGCGAAAUUGUACAAUUGGAGAUAUAAAAAUUUGGGAGACCUACCGUCUGUUACUGAACAAGAGGAAUACAAAUAUGCAAAUUCUGGAUUUGUCUACGAUUAUCAAGUAAUAAAUGUCGACAAUUAUAUGGGCAAAGCUUUAAUAAGAGACGUAUUAAAGCAACGGUGUUCUUGGAAUCCUUUGUUUGGUCGUCCAGCCAAAGUGACCACUGUUGAUAAAUUUCAAGGACAGCAGAAUGACUACGUAAGACGUCUUAUUGUUGCAAUGUCUCGUGCUCGAUUGGGAUUAUAUGUUUUCUGUCGUCUUGCUUUAUUUAAAAACUGUUAUGAAUUGACACCGACAUUCGAUGAAUUGUUAAAACGCCCUACUAAAUUGAGUCUGAAGAUUAACGAGAUUGACUCAUAUGAAGUAUCUGACGUAGAACAUAUUGGGAAGUAUGUAUAUCAAAUGAUGCAAGAGCAGUUGGCGUAUGCUAAGCAACAAAAAGCGAAAUCGGAAGAUACAUCUGACGAAUUGAAAGAAUCAGAAUAA